AUGUCUCGUUGUGGUUAUAUACAUACGCUUGUGCUGACCAGUGAUGGCCGGGUGUAUGCCUGGGGUGGCAAUGGUUUAGGGCAAAUUGGUUGUGGAGAUAAUACUGAAUACAUUUGUACACCAAAUGAGUUACAUUUUGGUGAUAAUCAUAAAAUAAAGUCCAUUCACGCGUCUUAUGGCUCUUCAUUUGCCAUCACAUCCAUUGGACAUGUGUUGAGUUGGGGCGACAAUAGAGGCCAUGAAUUGGGACUCAAUAUAGACGACGAAAGAGUAUUUAAACCCCGACUGAUCACAACAUUAAACGGUGUAAAAGAGCUCUGUUAUAUAAAUGCUAUAAAAUCCAAUGAAGAUAAAACUAUUGAAAGUUUCCACAUUUCAGAUGUUAUUAAUAAAUAUAAAUCACAAUUCAUUGAGAUAUUAACCAUAGAAUCGGGUGGUUUUGGGACUGUAUAUAAAGUCAAGCAUAGAUGGGAUGAUAAGAUAUAUGCCGUUAAAAGAAUACAAUUUGAAGACGAAAAUACUAAAUAUUCAGCUUUAAAUGAAGUAAAAAUGUUGGCAAAAUUGGAUUCAAAUUUUAUAGUAAAAUAUUACGACUCAUGGAUUGAAGACCCGGAACUGUAUAUUCAGAUGGAGUACUGCACACAAAGUCUUAGGACUGUAAUUGAGGACAAACCGCGAGUAUUUGGGAGGCAAUCAGUGGACACUAGCAAUACUAAACCAAUGGAUAUCAUUGAAUAUUUCAUAUCGUGUGAAAUAUUUAGGGAACUCUUGCAAUGCGUUCAAUAUCUGCAUGAAUUGCAACCACCGAUCAUUCACCGGGAUAUUAAACCUGAAAACUUUUUGAUUUCAUACAAUGGCAACAAUAGGUUUAUAAAACUUUGUGACUUUCAUUUGGCCACUAAUCAAGAUCGUACAGCUCUGACCCGGGGUGUGGGAUCUCCUAAAUAUAUGGCACCUGAUGUGGGACUUUCCCAGUCGUAUAAUUUUAAAGUCGACAUUUAUAGUUUGGGUCUAAUUGGAUUUGAGUUGUUUGAAAUUAACAGUAAAGAGUAUAAUUAA